CCCCGCCAGGCCCCGCCCCGCGCCGCGGUGACAAGAUGGCGGCGGUGCGGCGGCGCCGGUAGCUGCCGUCAUGGAGGCGGAGGGCGGCCCCCUGGGCCCGGGGGAGCGCUGGGCGCCGGUGGGCGCCGUGUCAGCGGCGGAGGACGAGGAGGAGGACGAGGCGGAGGCGGUGGCGGGCGAGUCGCCGCGGUCGGUGCCGCGGCUGCGGGCCGAGCGGCGCCGGCUGCACGGCGCGCUGCUGGCGCUGGCCUCGCACUUCGCGCAGGUGCAGUUCCGGCUGCGGCAGGUGGCGCGCGCCGGGCCGGCCGAGCAGCAGCGCCUGCUCCGGGAGCUGGAGGAGUUCGCCUUCCGCGGCUGCCCCGCGCCGCUGGCCCCCGGCCUCGGCGGGGCCCCGAGUGAGCAAGAGAAAAAGGAGCAAAUUGAGGUCCAGAAGGAGAAGCAGAGAGAGCUGAUUCUGCAGCUUAAGACACAGCUGGAUGACCUGGAGACUUUCGCUUACCAAGAGGGCAGCUAUGAUUCCCUGCCACAGUCCGUGGUUAUGGAAAGACAACAAAUGAUUAUAAAUGAGUUGAUAAAGAAGCUGGAUAUGGACUUGAGUGAAGAUAUUGCAACACUCUCUCCGGAGGAAUUGCGACAGCGUGUAGAUGCUGCCAUAGCACAGAUUGUUAAUCCAGCCAGGGUGAAGGAGCAGCUGGUGGAACAACUGAAGACACAGAUAAGGGACCUUGAAAUGUUCAUCAACUUCAUUCAGGAUGAAGUAGGAGGCUCUUCUAAAGCAGAAGAUGGACACUGUGAAUGUGCAGGCAGAAAAGAUGGUGGUGGCUCCUACAAACCAAAUACACGGCCUUCUGGAAAUAGAGUGAACCCAGAAGAUGCCAGAAAGAUGCGAGAAACAGGCCUGCACCUCAUGCGUCGCAUGCUUGCUGUGCUACAAAUAUUUGCUGUCAGUCAGUUUGGUUGUGCUACUGGUCAGAUUCCUCGCACCCUCUGGCAGAAGGACCAAGCCAACAAGGACUAUUCCCCCUUAAUUAAGAAACUGGAGUUGUCAGUAGAGCGGGUGAGGCAGCUAGCUGUGAAACACCAGCAGGAGGACCACAUUAUCAGUUCCUCCACUCUGCAGGACAUUCCCUUAGGAGGCAGAGAUGAGCUGACUCUAGCUGUGCGGAAGGAGUUGACCAUUGCUUUGCGAGACCUGAUGGCUCACGGGCUCUACGCCUCUUCUCAAGGAAUGAGCCUGGUGUUGGCGCCCAUCGCGUGCUUGAUUCCUGCGUUCACCUCGUCGCCGCAGACCAUGCACCCCUGGGAACUCUUUGUGAAGUAUUACAACGCUAAGAAUGGACAAGCUUUUGUGGAAUCCCCGGCUCGCAAGCUCUCUCAGUCCUUUGCCUUGCCUGUGACUGGAGGACUGGCCAUUACUCCCAAACAGAGCCUGCUGACCGCGAUUCACACUGUCCUCAUGGAGCACGACCCCUUCAAGCGCAGUGCAGACUCUGAACUGAAAGCUCUGGUGUGUAUGGCACUGAAUGAGCAGCGCCUGGUCUCCUGGGUAAAUCUGAUCUGCAAAUCUGGUGCUCUGGUACAGUCUCACUACCAGCCAUGGAGCUACAUGGCAAACACAGGCUUUGAGAGUGCGCUCAAUGUUCUCAGUCGCCUGAGCAACUUGAAAUUCAACCUCCCGGUUGACCUGGCUGUCCGACAGCUGAAAAACAUCAAAGAUGCUUUUUGAUGUAUUUUUAUUGUAGAUCAUCCAUUUUCCACAAGUAGGCAGCUGCUGGGCUUAAGAUGCCUGGCUUUUUUAAGACCAAAUUUGGAUCUUUGAAAUUGAUGUUUGCUUUUAGGGAAAUCUUAGGGUGUCUUGAUGCUGGAAAUCUGUGUUUUACAAGGCUGCCACUGCAAAGCUGCUGGAGGUUGUGUGCUGUACAGCACCUCACCCUGCCCCUUCUAUGCUGCUCUGAAGAGCAAAGCUGCUUCACUGGUGAGCGCGGGGCUGGCCGCCCUGAGCGCGGUAGAGGCCUGGCCACGGAGCCUGCAGUGGGGGAGAGCCCCUUAGAACGUGCAGCUUGUCUCCUGUGCUGCAGCCUCGUGGUUCUCUCAGAGUUUGUGCUGUAAAUAGCGUUCCUACAAAGCCACUUCUCACGGAGGAGCCAGACAAGCUGGCAGGUGUUUACUUGCCUUGGGGGUUGCCCAGGGGCGAGUGCCUUGCCCUCCCCAGGGUGAAGACGUGAAAAAAUCGGGGGCAGAUCUGCGGAGCUGUGGGUGCCGGGGCUGCGCUGCUCCAGCGCCAGGCUCAGCAGUCCCCAGAAGCAGCCACCUUCCGCCGCCUCAGGGCUGCUGGGUGAGGGGCCCGCACCCCCGGCUUUGUCCCACGGUCCCCGAGAUCCUUUUCUGAAGCUUUUGUGUGCAAGGGCCGGCGCGCCAGCAGCCUGCUGUUUUACCGGGGUGCAUUAAACGGCUUGACCGAGUGUCUGUGUGGAGAA